AUGUCAAAGAGAGUUAACUGUAAGGCAGCGGUUAAGAUGAAGAAAAAAGGGAAAGAAUGGAUAUAUGAGAAAGUACUAUUGGAGCACAAUCAUACCCUAAAUCCUGAGCCAUGGGAGUUGAAGCACAUGCAUUCACACAAGAACAAAGACCCUGCUAUCAUGGAAUUCCUUGAUGAUCUGCAGAUGUGCGACGUCUCUCCUAAUGCCACCAUGAAUGUGUUGACCAAGAUGCAUGGCAACCGUGAGAACAUGCCAUGGAGUGAACGUGACUUGCAAAAUAGAAAAGCUGAAAAUGUGCGUAAGGAGCGAGCGGAUGAUGUAAAAAAACUAAAGGCUUUCUUCAACGAGUGCAGAGCACAGAAUAGUAAGUUUUAUUAUGACAUAGAACAUGACUCCGAGGGUGCUCCAAAGAAUAUAUUUUGGAGUCAUGCUAGCUGCCAGGCUAACUAUGCUGAGUUUGGUGAUGUGGUUACUUUUGAUACAACAUAUAAGUGCAAUUUUUACAAUAAGCCAUUAGCAAUGUUUGUUGGGAGCAACCACCAUUUGCAGAAUGUCAUUUUUGGUUUUGCACUCCUCGGUGAUGAGAAGGAGGAAACAUUUGAUUGGGUUUUUCGCACUUUCAAAAUGUGCAUGGAAAACAAAGAACCUCAUUGCAUACUUACAGAUCAAGACCAAGCAAUGGCAAAUGCUCUUCCGGGAGUGUUUCCAAACACUAUUCAUAGGCUAUGCAGAUGGCAUGUUUUGCAUGGUCACAAAGAUAGCUUGAAGGUGUUGUAUAACUUGUAUGAUGGUUUGAAAGAGAAGUUGUUGACAAUAAUAAAUCAUCCCCUCACCCCCAUGGAGUUUGAGAAGGCAUGGAUGGAGAUGGUGAAUGAAUAUGGACUCGAGUCAGAUCCUACAAUUGGCAGUUUGUAUGAUCUGCGUACAAGAUGGAUCGCCGCAUACUUUAAGGAUGUUUAUUGUGGGAAAAUGACAUCUACGCAACGCAGUGAGAGCACAAACAGAAUUGCGAAAAGAAACCACAUUGACCCUACGACACCUCUGCACGUGUUUGCAAGAAAAAUGUUUCAGGUUUUGCAAGGGAGAAAAGAAGCAGAAGCCCGAGAGACCAUGGAAUCUCAGGCCCGGCCAAAAACAGUAACAAAUUACCCUCUGGAACAUCAGUUGAGCAGAAUCUAUACCCGUGCAGUAUUCAGGAAAUACAAAGAAGCAUAUGUUUAUGGAACCUCUUUUCUUACAAAGAAAGUUGGCGCUGGUCGUUUCCUUGUGGUGUACGGUAGAGAAGGGCCGACUUUUUCGUGGUCCCAACAUGAGUUCAAAGUGGUUUGUGAUGAAGAGAAAGAAGAAUACAAGUGUGAGUGCAAGCAGUGGGAGCACACAGGACUGCUAUGCCCACACCUUAUUAUAGUGAUGACAAAUGAGCAGAUUCAGAAACUUCCAAGCAAAUAUGUGUAUAGAAGGUACACAAGGAAUGCAAAGAUUGACCCACCAUAUGACAGGAAUGACACUCUCCAGGUUGGAGCCGAUGGGACAUCAAAUAGUGGAAAGCACUUAAAUAUGCUCAGACUGGCUUAUGCCUGUGUUAGAGCGGGGGACAGAUCAACAGUUGGAUAUGAAAGAGUCAUUCAUGUGAUGACAGAACUUAGGGAUCAGGUUGAGGCACUUCCUCCUGAUGUCAUGCCUGUGUUUGAUUAUGGAGGUUGCAGUGAUCCAGCUGGCCGUGAGAUAGAUAAUUUUAAAGCACCACCGAUUGCAAAAACGAAGGGUUGUAGAUCAGAAGAAGGGCGUAGGAUCGGCGCACCCGGGCCAAAGAAGUGCACAAGAAGAUGCAGCAAUUGCGGCCUUAUGGCAGGUCACAAUAGGGCGUCAUGCGAAGAACGAACAGAAAGCUUCGCAGUUGGUGGCAGCAGAGCAGCCCAGGGGAGGGGCAGGGGCAGGGUAGGGUAG